AUGUCCGCCUAUACGGACGACGAGUCCACCUAUACGGACGACGAGUCCACCUAUACGGACGACGAGUCUGACCAGGAGAUUGACCUCACCGUUCCGAAGUGUCCUCACGCUAGGAAGCGGCCGUCGCCAAAGACUUACGGCCAAAUGAUAACCGUUGUUGUAGGGAAAGGAAAGCGACAACGCUCUUUCCAGGUCUACGAAGGAUUAUUGACAUAUUGGUCUUCGUACUUUCGGGCUGCGCUCAGUCCAGCGUGGAAAGAAGCCAACUCCAAUAUCAUCGAGCUCCCUGAGGACAGCGCGAAGGUGUUCGAAGCCUUCUUCCAUUGGCUGUUCACGGAGCGUCUUGAACGUGAAGGAACUUCUCUUUCCUCCAGGCUGAUCUGCAAAUUAUAUGUCUUCUCUGACGCGCGAGGGAUCCCGGAGCUGGGAAAUGCCGCCAUCGACCUCUUGUUUCAGAAGACUGCUUCUGACUGGAUUUUCCCCGCUGAAGACAUUGGGUACAUCUACAGAAACACUAGAUCUGCCUCCGGUUUAAGGAAAUUCAUCCAGGACGACUCUGUGUGUAUUGACUGGGCAGAAUCCAUGGAAGAAGGAGAGAAAUACCCACCCGCAGAAUUCUUCGCUGACAUCCUCGCACGAGUGUCCCAGGGGACUCUCGUUAUCCCAAGUUUUGAACGUAGGCCCACAGAUGAGGAACACAUCGAAAAUCUCAGAAAAAAGUUGUGCGAGUAUCACGAGCACCCAGACACGUCGGCCGAUACCGAGAGAUCUCGCUCCGCCUCAGUCACAGAGUCAGAAGAAUAA